AUGUCUCAUCUCCUUCACUUCUAUUCAUCUCCUUCCCUCAUACUCAUUCUUCCCCCUUUAUCAUCACCUUCCUUCUUUCUCAUCUUCUUCAACCCUUCUCUGCCUUCCCCUUCUCUACUACUAUGCUUCACCCCCUGCUUUCCUUCCCCCCUUCUCUGCUUCUUCGCUUCAUCCCCUUCUUUCCUUCCCCUCUUCUUUGCUUCUCUGCUUCACCCCCUUAUCUCUUUCUCCCCCUUUCUCUGCUUCCCUGCUUCACCUCCUUCUCUCCUUACCCCCUUCUCUCUCAUAUUCAUUCUUCCCCCUCUAUCAUCUCCUUCCUUCUUUCUCAUCUUCUUCAACCCUUCUCUGCCUUCCCCUUCUCUACUGCUAUGCUUCACCCCCUGCUUUCCUUACCCCCUUCUCUGCUUCUUCGCUUCAUCCCCUUCUUUCCUUCCCCUCUUCUCUGCUUCUCUGCUUCACCCCCUUCCCUUUCUCCCCCUUUCUCUGCUUCCCUGCUUCACCUCCUUCUCUCCUUACCCCCUUCUCUCUCAUAUUCAUUCUUCCCCCUUUAUCAUCUCCUUCCUUCUUUCUCAUCUUCUUCAACCCUUCUCUGCCUUCCCCUUCUCUACUACUAUGCUUCACCCCCUGCUUUCCUUCCCCCCUUCUCUGCUUCUUUGCUUCAUCCCCUUCUUUCCUUCCCCUCUUCUCUGCUUCUCUGCUUCACCCCCUUCUCUCUUUCCCCCCUUUCUCUGCUUCCCUGCUUCACCUCCUUCUCUCCUUACCCCCUUCUCUCUCAUAUUCAUGCUCCCCCCUUUAUCAUCUCCUUCCUUCUUUCUCAUCUUCUUCAACCCUUCUCUGCCUUCCCCUUCUCUACUACUAUGCUUCACCCCCUGCUUUCCUUCCCCCCUUCUCUGCUUCUUUGCUUCAUCCCCUUCUUUCCUUCCCCUCUUCUCUGCUUCUCUGCUUCACCCCCUUCUCUCUUUCCCCCCUUUCUCUGCUUCCCUGCUUCACCUCCUUCUCUCCUUACCCCCUUCUCUCUCAUAUGCAUGCUUCCCCCUUUAUCAUCUCCUUCCUUCUUUCUCAUCUUCUUCAACCCUUCUCUGCCUUCCCCUUCUCGACUACUAUGCUUCACCCCAUGCUUUCCUUCCCCCCCCUCUCUGCUUCUUCGCUUCAUCCCCUUCUUUCCUUCCCCUCUUCUUUGCUUCUCUGCUUUCCCCCUUUCUCUCUUUCCCCCCUUUCUCUGCUUCCUUGCUUCACCCCCUUCUCUCCUACCCCCUUUCUCUCCUUCUCUACUUCACCCCAUUCUAUGCUUCUCCCCUUCUCUACUGCACCCUUUCUCUUUCACCAUCUUCGCUUCACCCCAACUCUCUUUCAUCCCUUCUCCCUAUAUCUGCUUCUCUGCUACAUCCCUUCUUUCCUUCACCCUUUCUCUGCUUCACCCCUUCUCCUUCACACCAUCUCUUCUUCACCCAUUCUAUCCUCCUCCUCUUCCCUGGUUCACCCUUUUCUCUACUUCACCUGUUCUCUGCUUCACCCAUUUUCUUCUUCUCGUCUGCUUCAUCCCUUCUUUGCUUCACCUCUUCUCUCCUCCACCCCUUCUUGCUUUCACCCCUUAUCUGCUUCACCUUCUGA